CUCAAUUCUCGCCAACAACAUUCACACUCGAUGGCCACUGCGUCUACCAUCAACGCCGAUCCGUCUGUUAUCGCCUUGACGGACAUUGCUCAAUCAUAUGAUACCAUUUUGAUUCUUGACUUUGGUUCUCAAUAUUCUCACCUAAUCACAAGACGAUGUCGAGAACUCAACGUUUACUGUGAAAUGCUACCAUGCACGUUCAAAAUAAAGCAGCUGAAAUGGCGGCCCAAAGGAAUAAUCCUGUCUGGAUCUCCCUACUCGGUGUAUGAGCCAGAUUCUCCUAGGGUUGACCCAGACGUCUUCACGUUGGGUGUACCUGUUUUGGGUAUAUGUUAUGGAUUGCAAGAGAUUGCUCGAACAUUUGGGGGUAAAGUCAUUGCUUGCGAUCGUAAGGAAUAUGGUAGCGCUAUGCUUGAUAUCCGCAAGGUCGAUAGCAAUGGGAACCCGAACGUCUUAUUUGAUGGCCUCGGAGACCAAGUUCAGGUCUGGAUGUCACACGGCGACCGAGUAGACAGCUUGCCGCAAGAUUUUCAGAUCCUAGCGGACACCCCUUCUGCCCCUUAUGCUGCGAUCAGUCACCUGACCAAGCCCAUCUAUGGUGUACAGUUCCACCCUGAGGUUACUCAUUCUCCUAUGGGAAAAGAAAUCAUCCAACGAUUUGUUGUCGGUGUUUGCCAAUCGAAGACGGAUUGGACGAUGGAAACCUUCAUUGACAAAGAAAUCGCUCGAAUCCGAAGUGUGGUAGGACCCGAAGAUCAUGUGAUUGGUGCAGUGUCUGGUGGUGUAGAUUCAUCGGUGGCCGCUAAGCUGAUGAAUGAGGCAAUCGGACAUCGAUUUCAUGCCAUCAUGGUUGACAAUGGUCUUCUCCGAAUGAAUGAGGCCGAUCAAGUUCAUAAAAUGCUGAAUGAGGAUUUAGGUGUUAAUCUGACUGUGGUGGACGCUACAGAUACCUUUCUAGAUGCUUUGAAAGGUAUAGAAGACCCAGAAGCAAAGAGGAAAAUCAUCGGAAACACUUUCAUCAAUGUUUUUGAAGCCAAAGCUGAAGAAAUCGAUGUCGAACUUCAGAAGCAGGCAGGAUCUCAAGACUCGCAGAACCGAAUUAAAUAUCUUCUGCAAGGUACCUUAUACCCAGAUGUGAUUGAAAGUAUCAGUUUCAAGGGACCUAGUGCGACCAUCAAAACGCACCAUAACGUUGGAGGGUUACUUGACGACAUGAAAUUGAAACUCAUAGAACCCCUUCGUGAACUCUUUAAAGAUGAAGUCCGCGCCUUGGGAAGACUGUUGAAUAUCCCGGCCCACCUGGUUAAUCGCCAUCCUUUCCCAGGUCCUGGAUUAGCUAUCCGAAUCUUAGGUCCUAUCACAAAAAGCCAACUUGAUAUUGCCCGAAAAGCGGACGCAAUUUAUCUAGAGGAGAUUGUACGAGAACCAAAUCUAUAUAAUGCAAUCAGUCAGGCAUUUACCGUUCUGUUGCCAGUCCGUGCUGUUGGUGUCCAAGGUGACAAAAGAACUUAUGAGCAAGUCAUUGUCUUGAGGGCAGUCAAAACGGAGGACUUCAUGACCGCUGAUUGGUUUGACUUCCCUCCACAUGUCCUAAGACGGAUAUCUUCACGUAUCACAAAUGAGGUUCAAGGAGUGAAUCGAGUAACUUACGACAUUUCUUCAAAACCUCCAGGAACAGUAGAAUGGCUAUGAGUAAGAUAUUUUCUGUUAUUUUUUUGCAUGUGCAUAAGAUGUACUAGACUUGUUAGAUGUGCCGUCAAUCCCCAUAGAUUGCAAUAAUAAGUUUCCAGG